CUCAUUGUCACGAGUUGAUCCGUUCAAAAGCAUAAUAACAACAUUUUCUGUUUGUAAUAUCAAUCUACUAAAAUGCAGUGUAUUAAAGUCACAAGUUCAGCACUCCUAUUGGCAGUGCUAAUGGUUUGUUGCAUGCUACAGAUGGCGUCAGCUGGAUACAAUUUUGGAUACGGCGUGAAUGAUCCAUCGACCGGUGAUAUUAAAGACCAACAAGAGACGAAGAACGGUGACCAGAUUGUAGGCUACUACAGGUUGCUGGACUCUGAUGGUCUGAUCAGAACAGUCAACUACCAAUCGCAUCCAUUGACUGGUUUCACGGCCCAAGUCAACAGAGACCCGAUCGGUUUGGAAGGACAGGCUAAAUACCGUUCAGAGGAGGCUGCAGCACAAAGUAAUCCUGCCAAGCUACGCACGUCCCUUGUACCCAACAACCAAUACUUACGUUAUGACGAUGGUACACUGGAGGGUCACCAACAGUGGUAGUAGAUUCCAUUGGAAUUAUAAUUCUGCAAUAACGUUCAACCUACGUUCCAGUUCAAUAUAAUAUACCUAAUCAAUGAAACAUUUUAAAAUGUGUGUAAUAAAUAAUAGUAAUACAUCUUUUUUUUYAUAACUACCAAAUAUAAAUAUACCAACUACCGAAAAUACACAACUUGUUGACUUAUUUUUUUUUUUUUAUCUUACACCAAUAUUGUUUGUUUUGUUUUCAUUCAAACCCAGAAACAUUUUGC